UGCACUUUGAUGCCUUGUUAUUUGUUAUCACAAUAUUUCACUUUGUUUGUGGCAGAUGGUGAGCCCUUUCUAUUGGCCAUUCGAGAUUUUAGCUAAUGUCAAGAUUCGUGUUCAGAAAAAGUUACAAGUAUCAGAUGAAGAGUUCUCUAAGUGGAAAUUUGCUUUUGUUUCACGAGAUCGGACCGAGUACCUAGAUGAUUCAGAGAUUUUGUUUUCUCGAUUCCAGCAGUCAAGCAGCAUGUAUAUUUGGGAGCAGUAUCUUGGGCUGGAACACAAAAGGCCUCUUGCCGCUAAUCAGCAUCGUCGACCAUCCAUGAAGAUAUACAAUUAAGAGGGUAAUGGAACAAGAUUCUGGAGUGGUCGAGUUUUGUAACUACCAGAGGCACUUCUUUCUCCUUUCAUGCCAAAGAUUUCGGAGGACACCCGUAACCAAAAAUCGAGUCAGAAAUGCGUUUUACAGUUUAGAAAUGCAUACCACAGAUUGAUUAAGAAAUGCAUUUCAGAUUCUGAAAAACCGGUGCUGCAAGCUCUUCAGCAGAUGUUAGUAUAUGAGAUCUCUCCAGAUGGAUGCUCGGUUGUUGUCUGAAUAUACCAUGGUUUCCAUCAGAUGAUGGUUCGAUUAGUAAAUUUUGUUGAUUCGUAGGUCUUAGAACGAAAUUUUGGCCUGUGUAUAUGCUAGCGCUGUAGAAAGGGUCGUCAAGAUUUUGGUUUCAAUUGUAAGAUGUAUAUUUCUGGUUGUGAAUAAAAAAUAUGGGGCCAUGUCAUGUCAUGUCAUGUGUAUAAAACUAG